AUGAGUUACAGCUCAGACCCCCGCCUGUCCUCAUCCUACCGAAAACUGUUCGGGGAAAGCCCCCGCUAUACGGCGGGUUCCUCCUCUCGGAUGAGGACUUCCAUCUCGCCCAGCGGCUUCAGGUCGCAGCCCCUGUCCCGCAGCCUUUCGCUGGGCUCGUACAGGAGGACAGGCCGGUCUGCCUUGGCUGCGGCACCCGGCGACAGCCUGGACAUCUCUCACACCUCGGCACUCAACAACGAAGUCAAGAUCAUCCGGACGAACGAGAAGGAGCAGCUGCAGGGCCUGAAUGACCGCUUCGCCACCUUCAUCGAGAAGGUGCGCUGCUUGGAGCAGCAGAACAAAGUGCUGGAGGCCGAGCUGGUGACGCUGCGCCAGAAGCAGAGCGAGCCGUCCAGGCUGGCCGAGCUGUACCAGCGUGAGAUCAGGGAGCUGCGCGCCCAGCUGGACGAGGCGAGCGGCGAGAGGGAUCGGACCCUCCUCGAGCGUGGCAACGUGGAGGAAGAGCUGCAGAAGCUCCGCUCCAAGUACGAGGGCGAGGCGAGAGCGCGCGACGAGGCCGAACAGGCGCUCAGGUCCUACAGGAAGGACGUGGACGACGCCACGGUGGUGCGCCUCGAGCUGGAAAGGAGGGUCGAGUCGCUCCUGGACGAGAUGGACUUCAUGAGGAAGGUGCACGAUGAGGAGGUGGCCGAGCUCACCUGCAUGAUGCAGGCGGCGCAGGUCUCUGUGGAAGUGGACACGGCCAAGCCUGACCUCACAUCGGCGCUCAAGGAGAUCCGCGGACAGUACGAGACACUGGCGUCCAAAAACCUGCAGUCCGCCGAGGAGUGGUACAAGGCCAAGUUCGACAACCUGAACGAGCAAGCCACGAAGACCAACGAGGUUAUAAAGGCCACCAGGGAGGAGCUGAACGACUACAGGAGGCAGCUUCAGAGUAAAACGCUGGAAAUCGAAACUCUCAGAGGCACCAACGAGUCGCUGGAACGGCAAAUGCGAGAGAUGGAGGAUGGACACAAUGCUGAAGUCUCAAGUUAUCAGGAAACAAUUAGUCAUCUGGAACUUGACCUAAGAAACACCAAGAGUGAGAUGGCCCAUCACCUAAGAGAUUAUCAGGAUUUACUGAAUGUCAAGAUGGCCCUGGAUAUUGAAAUUGCAGCAUACAGAAAACUGCUCGAGGGAGAGGAGACCCAUUUUGGUGCCGGGAUAGCCUACUCUAGUCUCAACCAUGACAUCCCGAGCGCGCUCUAUAGCUACCAGAGUCGCUCUUAUGCAAGCUCUUCCCGAAAUCCUAAGAAAGAGAAAGACGAUGACCAGGGCAAAUCAAAGGCAGGAGCCCAGCAGGAGACCGGUGAAGAAAUCACUGAGGAGACCUCAAAGAACAAGGAGAAGAGUGAAACGGUGGAUGUCAAUUCCAAUUAGCAAAUUUAAAGUCCAAUAUUCAUUAAGACAAUAUAGCCUUUCGUUGUUAUUGACUUUUCUCUAGAAACUUGAGAUCUGUAGGCCACUGUGUGGAUUCAGUUAGCUCUCUGAAUGUUUCAAGUUACAGAAAAUGCUGCGACUAGGUGUGAAGGUUUUGAAGGUUUUAGGUUUAAAAUAAUUUUCAGAUGCAGUUUCUGUGAGCAAAUAUACUGUGAAAACAUUCGACAACGUAAGAGUGUAUUGUAACAGUAUUGUAUGUUGUAGUUUUAGCAAUGAUAACAAGACCAAAAGAAAAUAAAGGAGCUCCACCUGACAGCACAAUGAAGGUACAGCUCUUACGUGCACACCUUACAUAUAAUCCUUUCCGUCUAAUAAUAAACCUUUAAAAAUACAUGAAAGACAACAAGGCAGGCUCCUAAAAAUGGACCAAAGCUAGUGCACACUGCAUCAUUGUUUCAUGUGAAUGCCUUAAAAAGAGCACAAACUGUCAUGAUUGUCUGAUGCUUUCCUCUAUCAUCUAUAAAACCACAUUUAUUGGACUCUGU